ACACAGAAACAAGUCCUUUAUAGCUCCUGAACAGGACUUUUAUUUUGGAUCCUGACGAGUCAGGUGUGAAUCGACUCGCUGUGAACACAGUCAGACGCGUCCAUCCACUUUGAAACAAGUUGACGGCAAAAUGCAUAUUUCAGAGAUCCCCAGCAGUUGCAGACAGAUAGAGGCAGUGGUCACUAGCGCCCCUACUGGUUUGGAGGGCUUUAAGGCUCAUGCUGUGUUUCAGGAGAUCGCUAAAAAGAUGGAAGAGGAAGGUUCCCAGUAUGUGAAGAAGAUUGGCGGUGUGUUUGCCUUCAAAGUGAAGGACGGCCCGGAUGGCAGAGAAGCCACGUGGAUCGUAAACGUGCGUGAUGGAAAGGGCUGCGUCCACAACGACACCUCUAAGAAGGUGGACUGUACCAUCUUGAUGGCGGAUUCUGACCUGUUGGCCCUAAUGACUGGGAAGAUGAACCCUCAGACUGCAUUUUUCCAGGGAAAGCUGAAGAUCACAGGUAACAUGGGAAUGGCCAUGAAACUCCAGAACCUGCAGCUACAACCAGGCAAAGCCAAGUUGUGAGACUCCGCCCACACGGCGCCGUCAUCCCCUCCGGCCCCCUCCGUCAGGGCCACUGCAGCAGGGACGGAGAGUCUUGUCUCCUCUUUCUGUGCUUUAACCUUCAGACCUGUGUGUAGAACAGAACCUAGAGGAUGUAGCUGAUCUACACUCACUCACAUUCCCACCUCCACACCAGACACCCCUCCCCCCCAACACCCAAAAUAAUCGCACACCAACAUAAGAAAUUUCAGGUGGUGAAAUUGAUCAGUCAUAGUUUAAAAAUAAUUUAGUAUUGCAGCUUAUCUGAUUUUCCACAAAUUUUGUAAUAAUAAUAAUAAUAAUAAGACUCUCUAACACUAAGAUCUUCCUGAUUUUCCUGAUAAUCCUGUCCUAGGGAUCUAGAGGAUGUAGGAUAUCCCUUUUCAUUCCGACACGUGUCCUCCUGCAGUGCGUCUCUAGGUCAGAAGGGGCGGAGCUUAAAGUUACACAUCGCACCACAAUACACCAUCUAACACACUAUUACUUCUUAGCAUGGUCUAGUGAAAUUUAUGUAUAUUUAAUGAGCAGCUGUCGCUUCACACAAUCAAAGUGCAAGAAAAUAUUUUAGGACGUUGUGUAAGAUUUUAUCCCGUCACAAAGUUAGCUAAUGUUUGCAAUCUUACGAGAGCUUACGCUAGCUAGUUAAAUAAAUAUCUGGCUAAAUUGUAGCUAGCUAGCUUAGCUAAAUUUCUAUGCUGCUAUUAUGGAGAAAAAAAAACGACUUCAUAUUGAACUGAAAAAUAAAAAAUGUUAGCAGUUUGUGAGGUCAUGUGAUCAAAUGCAACUUAAGCUCCGCCUCUUGAUCCUCUUUUUACUUUGUAAAAUCAAGUGAUCUGGAGUGUGUGUGUGUGUGUGCGUGUGUGUUUAGGGUUUAAUAAAAUUGAUGAUCAUAUAGCAAUCUGAAUCUUUGAAGUGUGAACCUGUGUUUGUGUAAAACCACAGCCUUGUAUAAUAUUUUACUAAAUAAAAUAUUUCUCUUUCACAAUAA